AUGGAUCCAGCACCCUUCGUCGAUUUGAGGGGAGAUCUGAAAGGUGUCGUCAUGAGCUGUUUUGGACCGUUCCUCAACCGCUUUGAGUCGAAGGGGGAUUUUUUUUUGGGAAACCAGCUCCCGUUGGUGCGUGUCGAGGGGAACAGCCGGAUUUCCACCGUAUUUUCCAGGAGAGGUGAUCGAUUUUUUUAUGCCGCUGCGCGCUGCAAAGAGGGUGUGAUCUGCAAUCUCGAUGUGGCCGACGGUUCCCGUCUGACCGGCCAUGACGACGUACUUGCCGGUUUUCACAGAGCCGGAGAUGCCGGUUUGAGAGACAAUCAGAUUGUGUUCUCCAAGGACAACGUUGUGGGCAAUUUGAACGAGAUUAUCGAUCUUUGUCCCUCGACGGACGAGGGUCUCCUUAAAGCGGGCUCUGUCAAUGGUGGUAUUGGCUCCAAUUUCGACGUCGUCUUCGAGAACGACAACUCCGAGCUGUUCUUGUUUUUGGUGUCUCCCAUUCCCAUCAGUUGUAUAGCCGUAGCCACAAGAGCCGAUGACUGCACCGGGUUGAAUGAUCACGCGGUUGCCAAUUCUGCACCCUUCUCGGAUGGUGACAUGCGAGUGGAGGGUACAGCUAGAGCCGAUUCGAACAUAGGCUCCUAG